CUUUUUUGCAGGUCACUUUUUUAUGAUAUGUAUGCACUUGGAAAAGCAGAAAGCCUGGUACUGCACAUCAAUAAAUGAAUUCCUUCAGGAGGAGAAGAGAAGGAGCGUGGGCUUUCUGCACGCCCUGUGCAUGGCAGGGGAGCCCAGAGCUCUGUUGAGCUGUAGUCCUCUCUGCACCUCUCCCUGACCUGGAAUGUAUUCAGUAUUAUCAGUGUCUGGUCGUGAGCUCUCUCCUGGCCCUGAGUCGCAGUGCUUGAGCCACGCGCUUGGCUGAGCAGCACCUGGGCCUGCAGUUGCUGUGCUACUGCCAAAGCAGCUUCAGGCCCGCAGGGCUGGGAGAGAAAUCCUGGGCAUCAUCAGGGUGCUGCUUUGGCUUUGGUGUCCUUGUCUGAGCGCUGCAGGCCCUGCUGGAGCCCGCAGUCAGCCAGCAGCGUGCCCAGGCUGCACGUGAAACGAAGCUCUGUGUUCCUUUCUUUUGUAAGCCAAUGGGAGAAAAACCACUGUUUUCUGCCUACAUGUAAUAAAGGGGAGAGGAAGAACCAGGGUCCCUCGUGCUUCUGUUUCCCUUCGCAGCCCGUUGCCGUGUUAGGACUGUUCUACUGCAAAGGUAUGCUGAAAGCAAGGAUGCAUUCCUGGGCUUUGUGUCAGAGUUGUUCCUGUGUGAGACAACGCCUUCCAACCUAUGUCUCAGAACAGUUAUUAUUGUCUAACGAACAGCAACUAUGUGGAUUUUGGUUUUUUUUUUGUUGUUUUUUUGCCUAAAGGCAAUGACUGAAUGGAACACCUACCCUAUCAGCCCUCCUUCCUGCUCUGCUAAGUGAAACAAGCCUUGAAUUCACCAAGUCGAGUCGUUUCCUGCAGCCAGAGGUCGGAGCUGAGCAGCUGAAGAGCUACCAGCCCUUUCUCCACGAGGUGCGUGGCAGUGGAGGUGAUGUUCUGGGUCCCACCACAUCUUCCCCUUGCUGAGCCAGUUCUGAGCAUCUCUUUCAGUGUAAGGAUCAGAUCCAGGUGUUUCUAAGCUCCUAAGGGGGGGGUCCUCAGACCAUGGGUUUCCUGGGAUGCCUUCACCUGAGCAAAUGGUGAGCGCUCUGUCAACCUCAGAUGGAUUAAAUGCUGCAGGACAGAUCACCACCAUCAUUGUUCCCUUUUAGGCUGACAGAAGCAUCCCACACCUUAGACAUCUCUGUGUCCUGUACAGGGAAUAGGAAAAAGUCACUUUGGGGAGCACAGGGGGCAUCUGCAUCCACCCUUGCAUGGCAUAAUGCAUCUCCGGGGAGCACAGGGGGCAUCUGCAUCCACCCUUGCAUGGCAUAACGCAUCUCCAGGGAGCGCACCGCUGUCACAGAACCCUUAGAGUAAGAAGGGACCUCUGGGGGCCAUCUAAUCCAACUGCACUGAGACACCACAGCUCCAUCAGGGCCUGAUCCAGCCCUGUCCCGUGGUGUCAGGGCAGCUGGAUGGGAUCUUUCCCUCCGGUGCAGCCCUGGGAAGGAGGAAAGGAGCAGCGUUUCCACCGCCGCCAGGAGCGCAGAGCCGUGCGCCGGCGCUUGGUGCCAUCUUGCUGCUGUCCCUGGCAUAGGCACGAGCCCAGUGGAACUUAUUAAAGGUUUAAUUAGCUGUUUAAUUAAACAAACCCUCACGAAAGAAACGCUGGGAACUGGAGCAGCUUCUUUCAGCUGUCACGGAGUGAGUGCACUGUUUGGUUUUGGAGUGAGCUGCUUCCUUGUGGGAAGAAGAAUGAUGCUCUCUUUCCAUUUGUUCUUGGGCAGCUGGGAUCGGGCAGAGCCUGAGUCACUGGUCAGCUUAAUUAAAUCACAGCAUAGCUGAGCUGAUGCUCGAUACAUUGGCUGCUGCUUUCUUCUGAAGUGUGUAUGGCACAGGCAGAGGUCACUGAAAUGCUCCCGGGGUGGUGAGUUAAUGCUGAGCUGCCUGCUGGCUUUGUUACUUCAAUCUGCAAGGGCUUUCGCUGCCCUUCUGUGGCUUCGCCAGUUUCCAGCACCGCACUUCUCUAAAGCAGGUCCCCAUUUUUGCAGCUGCUCCAACUUGGGAUGUUCUAUGAUUCUACAAAAUGCCAACUGUGCAGCACUCGUGGCCAGGCAGCUGAGGACAGGAGGCAGCGACUGCUUUAGGGUCACACAUCUGAGCCACGACUGCGUCCCUCUUAUUCAGAGAUCAUACCAAUAGAUUCUUGCAGGCUACAUUUCCAUCCUGAUUUGCACUGAAGAGCUUUCAGUCCCACUCGAAUGCUUGCUGUUUAACCCCUAAUUCCCAAGCAGCUCACCCUGUUAGCUGAGCACUGCCCUGCUGCUGAUGAGCAGGGCAACUGGUGGGCAGAGCUAGAUCACACCUGCAUGAAACCCAGAGGCAAUGAGAAGGAAGAGCAGACAGCAGAGGACAUCUGCCUGCCAGAGCAAAGCAGAGCCUGGUUGAUGCAAGAGGGGCUGAGGGGGGAUCCUGCAGCAGAUCAACACCAGAGAAAGAGCUCUGCAGCAGGAGAAAGGCUUGCAGCAAAGCCCUCACAGCUUGCUCCAUGAUCAGAGGAGACUUGGGAGUGAGAGCAUCCAGUGCUUUUCCCUGUGCUGGGUCACCUGGCUGAGUGUGAGGGCUGGGAGGACUGCACUCGGUGCUAUGGAGCUGUCAGCAGGGCUUUGGAUGCCGAUGUUCAAGCUGUGAACUUGAACAGCUGUGAAAUCCCUCAGUGGACUGGAGCAAUGGAGCAAUGGAGCAACCCAUGGAUGGCUUUUAUUCCUCCGUGGAAGGUGGGCAGGACUCGAUCAAUGGCAGUGGGAAGAGCAGGGUGGAGGGAGAGACCCCCAGGUUUUCUCUCCGUGGCACAGCAGCUGCUUUACUGUUCCUUCUCAUCCUCCUCACGCUCCUGGGCAACAGCCUGGUGUGUGUGGCUGUCAUCAAGUUCAGACACCUACGCUCCAAGGUCACCAACUUCUUUGUUAUCUCCUUGGCUGUGUCUGACCUCCUGGUGGCCGUGCUGGUGAUGCCUUGGAGGGCUGCUGCUGAGGCGGUGGGGUUUUGGCCCUUUGGGGCUUUCUGUGACAUCUGGGUGGCUUUUGACAUCAUGUGCUCCACAGCCUCUAUCCUCAAUUUGUGUAUCAUCAGCGUGGAUCGCUACUGGGCCAUCUCCAACCCUUUCUGCUACGAGAGGAGGAUGACACCACGUGUGGCUUCUGCCAUGGUUGGGAUGGCGUGGCUGCUGUCUCUCCUCAUCUCCUUCAUCCCCGUGCGGCUGAGGUGGCACAAGGAUCAACAUCUCCUCUACCAGCAGGAGAACGUCACCCAGGAGAGCUGUGAUUCUCACCUCAACAGGACUUACGCCAUCUCAUCUUCUCUCAUCAGCUUCUACAUCCCCGUUGCCAUCAUGAUCGUGACCUACACCUGCAUCUUCCGCAUCGCCCAGCGGCGGAUCCGCAGGAUCUCCUCCUUGGAACACGCCCAGAGCUGUCACAGCAUCGAGUGCCCUCACACAGCCAACCUGAGGAGCUCCUUCAAGAAAGAGACUAAGGUCCUCAAGACCCUCUCCAUCAUCGUGGGCGCCUUUGUCUUCUGCUGGCUGCCUUUCUUUGUGCUCAACUGCGUGGUGCCCUUUUGCGAUCCUGACCAACACAAGCCUUGUGUCAGUGAGACCGUUUUCAGCACCUUUGUCUGGCUCGGGUGGGCCAACUCUUCCCUCAAUCCCAUCAUCUACGCCUUCAAUGCAGAUUUCCGGAGGGCCUUCAUCACCAUCUUGGGCUGUGAAUACCUUUGCCCCAACGACACGGUGGAGAUGGUCAACUUCAGCAACGAGUUGGUCUCCUACCAGCACAGCACCUCGUGUCCAAGGGACGUGCUGACCCUCAGCCACCCCCAUGCUGUUCUGCAGAUGGAGAACAACGAGGUGUCCUCCGAGAAGCUUUCCCAGCUCUCCUCACACAGCAGCUGCCCUGCAGUGGUACAGGUGGAGUACGAAGCACAGAAGGUUGCACCGCUCACCUGCAAUGCGCUGAACUGAGAUGGUGGGAGCAGCGCGGUGGGAUGGCGAUGGAUGGAUGCAAGCAGGGGCUGCUGCAGCUGCCUGUUUUCUGAGGCCUUUGAGGGUAACGUGAACACUUCGUUCUAGCUGGGCAGGAGUUUGCAUUGCUGACUGUGGAGUGAUGUACUUAUUUUCAGAUGGCUCAAAGGAUUCGGAUGUUUGGUAUUUUUUUUCUUUUUCUUCUAACCUACAGCUUCAGACCCGGCCCAGGUGUGCAGCAGAAAUCUGUGUGGCUGCCCUCUCUCUGACCCAUAGGAAAACACUUUUUGCAAAAAGACAAAAACACAACGGCUCCAAUUUCUCUUUCCUUUCGUCUGCAGAGAGAUGAGGCUUUGUGCAAGCUGCCCUGCAGGCCAUGGCAUGCACACAGCCACCUUCCCAGAGCCCCGGGGCUGUGCUGGGCUGCAGCUUGUCCAGAGCACACUGCACACUGCAAGGUGCUCGCUGCUGAGGAGCUGGGUGUACUGUAGGAUGAAUGUGUCCCAACCCCAGGAUGCUGAACCAUUUGCUCAGAGUCUUUGGGAAUGAACCCUUCAGGCUCCAGGAGGACAAAGCCAGGUUUUAGGGCACGGAUAUUGCUGUUCUGAUCUUAUUGCCCAUGCCACUCUUCCACCAGCCACGUCCCCAUCCUUUUUGCCAUCUGUUUCUUUCCCCUUCUACUCCUUUCUGUCUCUAACUCAUUAAGGAUCCUUCCUGCCCUGCCUCAUUUCAGUAGUCAUGACUUCUAAAGCAGCACUCCUUGCUGAGCUGUGCUCUUUAAUCAGCCCCUCCUGUGCACACUGGAGCUGUGGCAGUGAAGAUCCCCAGCACCUGGCUGCUGCCUGGGACAUGAAAUGCAUUCUGCUCCACCUUGCCUUCCAUCUGAGACAUCCUUUGCUUGCUGCGCAACAGGAGAGCCUUCCUCCUCCUCCUCCUCCUCCUGGUAAGAAAGCUGACUAAUUACAGACUAACAGUAAUUGCUAAAUAGAGCCCAAUUAUAGCCGAGUUACAGCACAGCCAACAUGAGAAUGGAGCGGAGCUCAUAUUCCUGAGGUCAGUGCUUGGCUGUUCCUAUGGGGCACUGCUGAGACUCACCUUGAUGGCCACCUCCCUGCGUAGCAGUGAUGGCAGAGGGACAACCGUAACCCAGCAGAGCUCGCUGCGUUGCUGCUAGCUUCUGUGACAUGCAGAAGAAACAAUGGAGCAGUUGAUGGGAACCUUUGAUGGCGGUGGGUUUUCUUUGUAUAGUUGCUGUCUAGAUGCCUGAUCCAUUUGAUUUACUACUGGUUGCUUGCUGCUUCUCUCCAUUCCCCUACAGCUUCACUGGGAGCCUCCUCCUCCCAUCCCAAAUCCUCCUCCUCCCAUCCCAAAUCCUCCUCCUUCUGCCCCAAGGCGGAUUGCAGAAUAACAGAGCAGUGGCCCCAAUGCUCUGAGAGCCAUUCUGUGCUGCUGGAGGUGUUGUGGGAUCCCACUGGGAUCUCAUUACACUCUGGUUAUACAAAGAGGGAUCGUGAACCAGGCAGAGGCACCCAAUUCCCUUUGGGCUCAAAAGCUGCUCCCCCAGUGUGGACACAUUGCGACCAGGGGAGAAGGAGCAGAGCUUCCACCUUUCCAACGUGGCUGCAAACAGUGCUUAAAGGCAAGAAAGGAUGCUCUGAGACCAGGAAAAGGGCUGUCCUGCUCUGUGCAAUCACAAAACAAGGGAUAGAGUGGGGCAGGGGCCCCAAAUUGGUUUUAUUUAAUAUAGAUAUCUAUUUUUUUUCUGUGUUUAAGUGAAUGCACGGAGUACAGAAGGGGCUGAGUGGUGCAGGCUGCGUGAUUUUGCUUUGGCAUCCAACGUCAGCUGCUCCCCUCAUUGGGCAGAGGCUCCAGGUGGGGGAUACGAAGGUCUGGGGGGGCUCAAAGGAACCUGGAAGGAUCUCUUAAGAAAUCACAGCUAAUCGAAGAGGUAAUUGCGAGCAAUGUGAGCUCCGGGGAGCGUUAACCAUGUGCUGCAUAGAGCCAAGCCGCCAUGGCAUGGAUCUCCUCUGCUCCUACAGAUGGAACCAGGGCUGCAGUGGGUGCGGGGCUGCCUGGCUUGGUCUGGUUGGCCCCAAAUUCAGGUUCCAGGUUUUCCUUGAGGGAUACGAAAAGACGCCCAAAAACCCCCAGAGAGAGGAAACGUGCGCGAUGUGGGAAAU